AUGAAAAUAUCCUGGGUAAAGGAUAAUCCUUCAAUCCUACGCAUUGCAUUAGCAUUUCCCAGGGUCAUCAGCGUAUAUGACGUAAAUACUUUACAAAUUCUGGAUGAUCAAUGGCGCAAAUUACCACUUGCAAAAAAUACCAGAAGAAAUAAAACUGAAAAGAAAGUAAAUGUAUUUUGGGUUAAACUAAGUAAAUGGAGUGAUUUGAAAGAAAACCAGCCAUACAGCGAUAUUGCCCAAUUCGUAUUGGAUUGUCUAAUGUUUCCACAUGCAAACGCAGAUUGCGAACGAAUAUUUAGCAAGAUCAACCUUCCCAAUUCAAGGACUCGGAAUAGACUAGUAACACGAACUGUAGAUGCAAUCUUACUUUCAUGCGAUGUAAUAAAGCGUAAUAAAAGGGACAACUGCACCAAUUCAGAACAGACAGAAGAAAUGUUACCAUGA